AUGGCCAGGGCACCGAGGGUCCGGUCCCUGAACAUCGCGGUUCCGGAGGCAGAGGCGAGGCCGGUGCUGGUACCGGGGGGCAACAAGGCCAGGUUGGGCCCGGCGAACGCCCGGAAACCGUCGCCGAAGCCCCUGAGGAAGGCGGCGGUGGGGACGCCAAAGAAGCCUGCGGCUGCCGCAUCCAAGGCGGAGGAGGGCGCAAAGAGGAAUGCAGUCAGCGGGGGCGGAGGUGGCGCGCCCAAGGAUCCUUGCUAUGUCACUUUCCAUGAUGAGGAGUGGGGGGUUCCCGUGCACAAUGACAGGAGAUUGUUUGAGCUACUUGUACUAUCUGGUGCAUUGGCUGAGCUUACAUGGCCUGAAAUUCUCAAGAGGAGGCAACUUUUCAGGGAAAUUUUCAUGGAGUUCGACCUUGCUGCUGUCUCUAAAAUAAAUGAGAAGAAGCUUGUGGCACCUGGAAGCACUGCCCAUUCUCUUUUGUCAGAGCAAAAGCUCCGAGCUGUCCUUGAGAAUGCUCGCCAGAUACUAAAGAUUGUUGAUGAAUUUGGAUCCUUUGAUCGGUACUGCUGGGGUUUUCUGAACCACAAGCCUAUAGUGAGCAAGUUCCGAUAUCCAAGACAAGUUCCUGUCAAGAGCCCGAAGGCAGAUACAAUCAGCAAAGACAUGAUGAGAAGGGGAUUCCGAGGUGUGGGCCCAACGGUCAUAUAUUCCUUCAUGCAGGCUGCAGGUCUAACAAAUGAUCACCUGGUCAGUUGCUUCCGGUUCGAACAAUGCAAUGCCAUUCCAACUCUUUGCACGAGUAACAUUGACAGGGUAAACAUGAAGGCAGAUCCGAAAAAAGAUGAGAUGACAACGAAGAUUUAUUGUGAAGAGAUUACCACAAACCCAGAGAUGCCAAGGACGAUUGAUGCUCUUAUCGUUUCGUAG